UGUCGUCGACCGUCGUCGUUUCAAGUUUCAUUACCUGUAUCGUCUUGUUGUGGUCAAAAUUGUGCAGUUUUUAGUUUUAGUGCAAUUAUGUGUAAAUUGUUUACCGUAUAGUGAAUCAAGAAUGAGUUAUGUGAAUGUCUAAGAAGUGAAUUUUGACCUGUCACUAUGUAAAUUGCAAAUUAGUUUAAAUUUUUUAUCAGUUUAGUUUCAUUUUAUACUUCAGCCUUCGCAUUGUUUAAAAACCCAAUCUGUGAUUGCUUUUUAGUAAAGAUAACUUAGCCUAAGUUGUUUUUAAUAACUUACUCAUCAGUGUAAUGUCAAAUGCAUAGUUAUUUUUUUGAAAGUGCUUCCUAGAAUGGAUCACAUAUGGAGAACUAUUGGAAUUCUCGGAUUUGAAAUAUUUGGAUUAUGCACUAGUCAUCCCUUACCAUAUCACAACCUAAAAGAUGCUCUGGAGGUGGAGGUGCCGGGAGCACUUCUGGGAGUCUCCCUGUUGCUGGUCAGUGUCGUCUGUAUCAUCGCCUGUGUCUGCUGCAAGGAGAGGAGGAAUGGGUUCAAGACUGACAAAGAGGAAAAAGAAAAGGAGUUCCGAGACAGCACACACAGCGUACACCAGACGGGGCUGUCGUUCACCAACCCCACCUGUGGUCUAGUCCCCGCCUCGUCCAGUGAGCUUUCUAUCUUCCCUCCGCCGGGUGCCACCCCCGUCACCUUCGAGCCGCUUCCGUCCCUCGCCUCGCUGAGUCCCCGCAGACGACCCCCGGGACACCACUGUCAGGCUGGGGACCUGGACGAGUGGUUCUCAAAGAAAGAUGCAGAUUUUCCGAGACAUCAACUUCAGUUUCUCAAGGACUGUGGACGAGGAUGGUUUGGACGGGUGGUGGAGGGAGAGGUGACUGCACCGGAUGCCAGACACAAGGUGAUGGUACGCAUACUGAGGGAGGAUGCGACACCAGCAGAGCAGCGGCUGUUCCUGGGCGAGGUUAAGCAGUACCGGGACCUGGACCACAGGAACGUGCUGAGUCUGGUGGGACGCUGUCUGGAAACUCAGCCGUACCUGGUGCUGAUGGAGGCUUGUGCGGGUGACCUGAAGAGUUUCCUGCGUAGUGGCAACACUGUGUUGUCAGAGGAAGGUGUCUGUCUGUCUGUCAUGUGUCAGGUGACGGAAGGACUGAGACAUAUGAUCACUAACGGCUUCGUACACACAGACCUGGCAGCCAGAAACUGUCAAGUCACUUCAGAUCUGACUGUCAAAGUUGGGGACUACGGCACCAGCAUAGACACUUACAAGGACGAGUACUACAUUGCUGGAGACAUAGCAGUACCAGUGAGAUGGUGCGCUCCAGAGACACUGCAUUGUACAGACACCACCAUAGAGACUAAACAGGUGACCCCGGAGGCCAAUGUGUGGAGUCUGGGAGUGUUGUUGUGGGAGAUAUGUCAGCUGGGAGAGAUGCCGUACUCUGAACUCUCUGACGACCAGGUGAUAGUGAAGGUGCUAGGUGGAGGUGUGAGGUUGCCGCCCCCCGCACUACAUCCCCGACAUGCCCCCGCCUUGUACAGUCUCAUGUGUCACUGCUGGGGCACUGCGGCGACCCGUCCCGCACUGGACCAUGUGCAGGCCAUGCUGAACCAUCUGCACACCAGUCACAGUGAAGAGGACUUUCAGCGUAGGUGGGACGCACUCAAACCCACCACCUCCACACCUGAGAUAACGCUAGAAACAAUGACAGCCAGAAGUGACUUUGACUCUGGUGUAGAUCUAGAGAUAAAGUCAACUGACAGAGACAUCCUGGAUCUGGUCAAGAAGUCCUUGUCAGAUGUCAACCUUACUCCUGGCACAUCCUCGCCCCAGCUCUCUGUAGCCAGCAGUUCCGGUGGAGAGUUCUUCUCCCAGACUAGUCUGCCUGUGUUGAAGAAGCAGCAAUCGCCCAGUCUCACUAACCUACAUGGCUCCGUGGAGGAUGUAUCAAGGACUUUAGAGGGGGAAAAGAAAGAAGUUAGAGAUACAGAAGAGUUUGACUCUUGGUUGAGAGGAGUUGAAACAAACACCGAAGAGGAUGUCAAGUUUGUCAAGAAAAUCUCAGAGGCAAUAAAAGACCUGGACGAUGCCUUGGCGCUGGAGAAAACAUCCUCAUCUUCAGACGACUCUAGACAGGAGAGCCCGAUGAAAGAAGACAGAAACCCAGUGUUGGACUUUAGGUUGGGUCCGAUGAGCAGCAACAGAGUGACAACAGUGGGGACGACGCAGCCUGACAGUCUAGUGGACAGCUUGAGACGAGACUCCUCAGGGACGGACACGGAGGAGGAGACUUGGCGAGGGAGGAUAGAGCGGGGAGAGUUCUCCGAGAAGGUGAAGGAGAAGUCCAAGAGUGUGACGGAUCUGAUGAUACUGACACACAUUGAGAGUGAGGGAAGUGAGACGGACUCGCUGCCUUCACUGACUAGGCAGUACUCGGUGGACAAGAAGAAGAAGUUCACUGGAGUGGGUUUUGGCAGUGAAGGUAACAUUCGGGGUGCUGUCCUGGGGGAGGAGUUCCAAGACGCCCUGAAGCAACUGCAAGCUGAGUGGAAGCUGCGGGACAUGGAGUCUAGAGAGAACUCUCUGCAGUUUGUGAGGAGUGAGCAACAACCUGAGUUGGAUUUUUUAUCCAAUGAAGCCUCGGAAAAACCCUCAACCCCCUCAUUGACAACUUUUUCAGAAACCGUUUUGAUCGCACGAUCUGAAAUAGUUGAAGCUAAAAUUGUAAAUGACAACUUUCAACAAUCCUCUCCAGCAGCUAGAGUUCAGUGUGAACUCUCACCGAAAUCAAUGAGAGUUGUGCAAAGUCCAGAGACGAGCGAGUCGAGCCAGACGUCCUCCUCUGAAACCUCAACACCGACACAGUAUGAAGUGAUUCAUGUGAAAACGUUCAUUGAUAGUGAACGAAAUCACAGUGCCACGAUAAAUAACAGAGAAAUCACAAGCAAAUAUGAUAAAGACACUGUCGGUAGCACCAGUGUUAACUUAGUUCCUAAUAACUGUGUAGUAGAAACAAAAAAUGAAAAUUUAGCAGACAGUAGUGUUGAUGUAUCAAUCGAUAAUGUCCAAUUUAAGUGUUUAGUUAGCGAACAAAAUUGUAAACCUGAACCCUCUGAGUGCUUAGUUGUAGAUGAAGAUUUGCUCAGUGGUUUUGCCAACCAAGAUAAAACAGAUGUGGAACUUUUAACAAAUGAAAAUGAAAUUGAAAAAAAUGUUCCUUUGACAGUGAAUGAUUUUUUACUACUAAGAGAUGAAAGCUCUUGCACGUUUGUACCUGAAAUUGUAGUUACGGAAGCAAGUAUUUUGGAUGUGGACAGCGAAUCAGAGAACGAGAUGGUUUUACCAAAUGUAACACGUGUAAGAAGAAACAUCAGAUUGGUCAUGACAAGCUCUGACUCUGAAAACGAAGACGACAACAAAGUUUUAGAAGAUAUAACAGUUUCUGAUAAAUCUGAGUUUACAACUACUGGUGUAGUAACAAGCACUCCAUUUGUGAGGGAGCGAAGAUGCAUUUCAGUCGAUGAAAGCGUUUCAGACGUUGAUCCAACUUUUUCUGAGACAACAGAAUCUUUUUUCGUCUCCAGUAAACCACCUCACAAUCAAGAGUCCUCUGUUAUUUUAGGGUCAUGCGAAGAUUUCACUCUUGAUUACUUUAAAGGGCUGAAGACGACUUUUGGCAAGCAAACUAGCGAUGAGUCCACUGAUGAAUUUUCAAAAAGUGAAGAUGAAAUGGACGAUAAGCCCCUGAACAAUUGGGACGAGUUUUUAGCCGAAACUCACCGCCAGAGGCUACAAAGCAACAUUGAAGACGUUAAUAAUGAUUUAGAACUCAACAACAAAAAUAGAGAGGAAAACACUUUUGAUUAUGCUGAUGAAAUGGAUAUCCUUAAUCCCAAGAUAAAGUUUGACGAUGGUUUCAAUUCUGUGGAAAAAACUGUAAUGAUGUGUGAUCAGAUGGAUAUUUUUGAAAAUCUGAAUGGGAAACACAGCCAAGAUCAACAAAUGGAAGAAGUAAAAAAUCGUUUGGAGGACGUCGCCAAACUGUCUGAAAGCUUCUGCUUUAAGAACCACAGUAUGACCAUGGAGGAUGACGAGGACGGGAAGUUGUUGACUCCGGACGAUGAGCGGAGCAGCGACUCCGGGUUCCGGGAUAAGGGAAGUCUCAGUGAGAGUGUGGAGGACGGAUGUGACGAGAAGUACAACCUGGAAGACAUAGAGGCGGAGCUGGAGCAGGGAGAGGAGCAGACUACUGAGACUGAGGUGGCAAGAGAUCAGCAGGGAGAUGUGGUAACCACCAUCCAACUCUCAGAGGAUGUGAAAAAUGAGAGGCAUGAGGAAAGACUGGACAAACUGGAUAUUGCUCUGGACUCAGAUAUUGACCGCUUUUUCCAAGCAAGUCAGACAAAAGGCUGGUACCUUCACCCUCCACCGGGCACAAGCUUGGACAACGAUGGAUGGCUGCCUACAGAGGCUGAAGAGAAUGGAAGGAACUUGGACAUCAACGAGGAAUUUGUGACAGCAAUCAGAAAUGAGCUGAGAGAGAAGCUGCCUUGUGCACAGAACCCAGAGCGAGCAGAAACUGAAGAGGAUGUGUCACCUGAGGAGGAACGUACGGAUCUGGUGAUUCAGUACAACACCUACCCUGCACCUCUCUCACCGAUAUUUGAGGAGAGAGAGAGUAUUAGUUCCAACCAGUCGUCACUAUUGUUGGAUGAAACGGGGAAGAGUUUAGAAUCUUCGGGAAAAUCCAGUCCUGUUAUAUACUUGGAUGUAAAUAAAGUGGAAGACAGCUUGAGGUUUGAAGAAGACAUCAAAAGUGCUCUUGAUGUUUGUAGCUCUGAGAGCACAGAGAGUGACAACGUUCUGGUCACUGUGGAGGAUCUGGAGGGUGGAGACAAGAUACAAAAGGUAAAAGAAAACCCCAAGGAGGAGAUAGAUGAUCUGUUAAUUGUGGAUACUGAGACAAAUGACGUCAUACUCUAUGAAAGUCAGAGACCAAAAUCACAAUUAGCCUUUGUCAAACAGGUAAUGGAGUCUGUGGCGAGCAGCCCAGCCAACUCAGAAACCUACACCUGUUACCACUCGGCAGACGAUAACAUGUUGUCAGUUGAUAGGAAUAACCUAACCUGUACACCGGACAGCUGCACUCUCUCACCGAUGUCCACUGGUUCAAGUAGAACAGGAGCGGCUGUGUCGUUCUCAUCAUCAGAAACUGGAGGCAACUUGUCAGGCUUUUACCUCUCUCCGUCAUCUGUAAGGUCAGACUUGUUUGACAGCGGCCCGCCAAGUUUACCAUUUGAUUUGGGGCUGAUGGAUAGGGAGGUUGUAGAACCUGUAGAGGAGAUCAAGCCAAAUAACGAAGCAGAAGAAAUCGUUCAAGACUUGGUUGAAGCUGGAGUGCUUGUAGAAGAGAGUGAAUCUAAAUUGAGUGAAACAGUUGAAUCUAGUGAUUUGACCGAGACAGAAACAGAAGUAGAUAGUGAAAAAUCAAAUGAUGAAAAUAUUGAAAAUGCACAAGAAACCGAUCCCGACACUCUCCAAAUUUGCAAUACGCCAAAGAACGACUGUGACAGGAUAGAUAAACUGUUGAGCUCAGAGGUGCAAAUCCAAGUGCCUGAAAGUGGGUUGGAGAUUAAUUCUACGCCGCAAGAAUGGUUGAAAUCAGUGUUGCUUUCAAAUUCAGAGAAAGAAACCAAGAAUGACAAAUCUGUUAGUUUGAACCCCAAUAUGUGGCCAAACGCUGAGGAAUUGUUGCCCAUUGUAAAGUGUGAAGUCUCGGUCAACUCUCCAGAGUCUCCGAGUGUUGACUUGCUGGAGAUUGCCGCAAAGUUCUACGAUGUUAACUCUACCCUUGCAAUAUCCACUCCAAAUAAUGUGUCGUUUGAUGAGAGCAAAGACAACUCCCAACUCUCUUCCUUCACCUCUACACCUACUGUUGAGAGUAAGAUGUUCUUCACCAAACUCAUGAAAGCCGAGACAGAGGUAAAGAGUGUCCCAUCGUUGAGCAGUCUAGCCAACGAGAUCAUUCUCAGGUUUCCCACAGAAGAAAAGAACACCUCCGAAGAUUCUCCUGAUGACUCUUCAGACAGGGAGAAGAUGCUGCAAGGAAUGACGUUGGCGUUAGAAUCAUCUGUUAUGUCCAAAGCUCCAAUGCCUUCCCCUGAAGAUGCUGAUAAAGGCUCGUGGCGACCGACGAUGAACCAGCUGAUGGAGCUAACGAGCAGACCAGAAGCAGAGGAUAUGAUGACAACAUCGUUCAUUGACGCUGAUAACGACAACGACAACGACAACUACACUCCGGACUGGGAGAGCGACAGCUCUGACGACUCGGAGGACCACUCCAGCUCUAGCGGUGAAUUUAUCUGGCGGGAUGGUGACAAGGAAGAAGCGGUUAGAGUGGUCAUAGCUUGUGAUGACUUGGAGCCACAAGAAGGUACGUCUGAUCGUUCCAUGGCAAGGAUUUCAGAAGGGGAGGAGGAAGAAGAAGACGAUGAUGAAGAUGAUAGUUCAAGCUGCGGUAGUACGACAGAGUUCACCCCUUCAACUUGGGACAGGAACGCCACCCCGACAAAAUCUGCACUGCGAUCAGCUGAGAAAAAGAAGGUGCUUGGUGCAAGACGCAACGUUAGCUUCAAGAGACAAAAGUACCACUGCGUGUACGAGUAUCCCAGAGAGCCAGGCUCAGAUGACGAGAGCUGCAUACAGCGACCAUGCUGGCAAUCCCCCUCCACCUACGACUACUCUACAUACACAGACUGGGAGUACGGUGAGGGAGAAGUAGAGAGUGAAGAAGAGGAAGAAGAAGAUGGUGUGGGACCUCGCCAAAUUCCUGAGUCGGAGUACGACUUCUACAGACUCAGCAAUCUGGACUUUGACAUGAUGACUCCAGAGAUGAACCUGGAUGAUGGUGAGUUCUUCAUCAGCAGCUCAGCUCGUCCCUUCCAGAUGGGUGACUCAUGUCAGUUCUUCCCUGGCAGUCUGGGGUUCAACGACGACGACUUCCUAGUAGAGUUCCAGCCUUGUGCGGCCGAUACAGAUGCCCUGGUCAUACCUCGGACUGGUCCUGCCUCUCUGGAUGAAACAGUGAACACCGAGUUGCUGGAAGUAGAUCCAAAAAGAUCAUCGGGAAAAUUGAAACCUGAAGAGCUACAACUGACGGCUGAACUGUCUGGAGAAUCAACUCCAGCAGAAGUGAGUCCAACACUAGGAGAACUGCGGCAUACAAGGGAGAGACUAAAGCUGGACCUUGGUAGAACAGACUCAGCAGGUGAGGACAGUGGGGUGGGAUCAUCUGACAGACUGGACGAGGAGGAGUCAUUAGACAAACUUCAGGCGAAGUCAUCAGGAGAUGUAAAGAGAAUGAACGACAGGAAGGUGGAAUCAUCAGAAGUAGUCAACAGGGUAGAAGGCAGUAAGGUAGAACCAUCUGGAAAUGAGAAGAGGGUAGAGGUUACCAAUGUAUACCAAUCUGGGAAUGUGUAUAAGUUAGAAGACAGUCAACUGAAUGGGUUGGAAAGGUUUAAAGUAGUUAAAAUAGAAACUCCUGUAAAAUCUGUCAAUCUUGAAGAGAAGAAUGUGCAGAGUCAAGAAAAUUGUAGAGUUGAACCCAGUUGGAUGGAGUGUGUAGAUAAAGCAAUACAAAUCAAUGGUAGAAUGGAGUCCUUAGAAAAUACAGAUACAAGAGAGGAAAUUGAAUCUUCAGCAAAGUCAAGUGCUGCUGACAGUUUAAAAGGAAAUAUUGAUUUGGAAUUUCAAGAAAAGUUUAAAGUCGUAGAAGGUUGUUUGGAGAGGAAUCUAGCUGAAGGCAGCAAAGGAAGUUCUUUGCACGACCAAGAUGAAGUUGAAACCAAUGUUGAGCUGUUUGGUAAGCUAGACAGAGGAGCGACCGACCCGGGGGAAGACAGCGGAGUGGGCUCAUCAGACAAACUAGAUCAAGUUGAAGACAACCAACUGGGAUCUUCUAAGAAACAGGAUAAACUUGAGUCAUUAGUAUCUUCUUAAAGUCAGUCUUUAAUUUCCUGUCGUCAAAUCUGUUAUAAACUAAACAAUGCUCUACUCAAUCCUUUUUUUGAUGUCAUGACUGAGAAUAUGGCAAACUCUGAGGAAAGUUAUAGAUUUGAAAUUUUUGAACCAUGUUGAUAAUUUGUGAUAAUUUAGAUUAGAUUUUACAUCUACGCUUUAGUGAAAUAGGCUCCUAAUCAAAAACCGUAUGCUUUGCAUUUUAUGAUUCGGGCCAAUGAAAUGUCUAUUAUAUUACAGGUAGGUUAAUCGUACCAGACCUUUUUUGAAGACAGUCGGAGCUUUUUACUGCUUUUAAAAUUAUUUCUAUCCGUCCAGUGAUGCUGGUUUUUAUACACAUCUGAAGUAAAACACGGCGUUGAUGGAAGAAAACAAAACACUAGUGUUUUGCGGGAUACUUCUUGACAUUGUCAACUAGUUGUCAGUAAGUUGACUAUUGUUUUACAUUGUACAUAUUAUGUUAUCGGCAUUUGGUUUUUGUUGUGUAAAUGUUUGUGUGAUUUUGCUGUGUAAUGUUUAUACUUUUACCAUUGUAGAGAUAUAAUUUACUAUUUAUUUUUAUAAGAGUUGCUUUCAAAAUCAGUCAUCCUGAUUUUAUUUGGAAAUGCUCGCAAUCGGUUUUUUUUAUUACUGUUACAAACCUGAACAGUAUUGUUGUAUUUGAAUAUGUAUAUACUGCAAAUAUCUACUUAUACCUACAUAUAUACUUACCUGUAACAUUUUAUUGUAUUGAGCAGUAUUUUUUUUAUCAACCCGCUUAUCAAAGUAUUAUUGUUGUUUCUGUUUGUUGAAUCAUUUUUUUAUUCACAUUGGUGAUAUACCUCUACUUAAACCGAUGCACUGCAGAACUUUGAUUCCCGUCCAUUCUCGGUCAAUUUGCACUCCCCGUCGUCCAAACUUUUGACACCAAUUUAAGUUUCCGUCUCAGCCUAGCAUAACUUGGCCGUCAACAAAGAUCUGAGCCUGCCUCAUUAGGAUGUACAUAAUGUUAUUAGUAUUUAUGUAUCGGUUUAUGUUUUUCAAUAAUACAACAUACCACGUUGA